GCUGUCCUGGAGACAAUAUAAACCAGGUCAGAAGACUCAGGUCUGCCUGCUCAGUUCAUCCCAAGAAACAGCUGCUCCAGGAACGGAGGUGCCAUGCAGUCCCGGGUCCUUCUUGUCACCGCCUUCCUGGUGCUCCUGGCCUCCGCCCGAGCUACAGAGGCGGAGGACCCCUCCCUUCUGGGCCUUAUGCAGGGGUAUGUCCAGCACGCCACCAAGACGGCCCAGGACACGCUGACCACCGUGCGGGAGUUCCCAGUGGCCCGGCAGGCCAGGGACUGGGUGACCGGUGGCUUCAGCUCCCUGAAAGACUACUGGAGCACGCUCACAGGCAAGUUCUCUGGGCUCUGGGACUCCACCUCUGCGGUCAGACCAACGCCAGCCUCUGAAACCUGAGCCUUGACACACCACGUCUUCCUGCCCAUCCAUCCUGCCGCCUCCUUGGGCUGUCCCAAAAGUCACUUGAAAGUGACAGCAUUCUCCCCUCCCACCCCACCCCACC